AACAGCAGCUGCGAGGAGAGAGGUUUUCCAGAGUGUGAAUUUUUUCUAGGGUUUCGGUUUUUUGAGAUUUAGAGAGAAAGUGAGUUUUUAAGAGAUUUCGAUCAGAAUGAGCGGAGACAACGGCGGUGGUGAGAGGCGCAAAGGCUCCGUCAAGUGGUUUGACACCCAGAAGGGUUUCGGCUUCAUCACUCCUGACGACGGUGGCGACGAUCUCUUCGUUCACCAGUCCUCCAUCAGAUCUGAGGGUUUCCGAAGCCUCGCUGCCGAUGAAGCUGUCGAGUUCGAGGUUGAGAUGGACAACAACAGCCGUCCCAAGGCCAUCGAUGUGUCUGGACCCGACGGCGCUCCCGUCCAAGGAAACAGCGGUGGUUCAUCUGGCGGACGUGGCGGUUUCGGUGGCGGAAGAGGUGGUGGCCGCGGAUCUGGAGGUGGAUAUGGCGGUGGUGGUGGAUACGGAGGAAGAGGAGGUGGCCGAGGAGGCAACGACUGCUACAAGUGUGGUGAGCCCGGUCACAUGGCGAGAGACUGUUCUGAAGGCGGUGGAGGUUACGGAGGAGGCGGUGGUGGCUACGGGGGAGGCGGAGGCAACUACGGCGGAGGAGGCGGUCGCGGAGGUGGCGGAGGCGGUGGAAGCUGCUACAGCUGUGGCGAGUCGGGACAUUUCGCCAGGGAUUGCACCAGCGGUGGACUGAUGAAUCGAAUCCUCUUGUUUAUGAUCCUGGCUUUUGUAUUAUCUCUUUCAGAAGUUGAGCCGAUUUCGUUCAAGAUCACGAAUCGUUGCCGGAACACGAUAUGGCCUGGUUUGCUCUCCGGCGCUAACUCGGCGCCGCUCCCCACAACUGGCUUUCGUCUCUCCAGAGGAAAAUCUAAAACCGUCGCAAUACCAGCGUCAUGGUCUGGUCGUCUCUGGGCACGAACCUUGUGUUCACAAGAUCGGAGCUCCGGUUCUUUCGUCUGCUUAACCGGAGACUGCGGCUCUGGAAAAGUCGAAUGUAUAGGCUCCGGUGCUAAACCUCCAGCAACCCUCGCCGAGUUUACUCUCAACGGCACCGGAGGACUAGACUUCUACGACGUUAGCCUCGUCGACGGUUACAACCUCCCGAUGCUAAUCUUGCCCAAGAAAAUUGUCGUUGGAGGAUGCGGAGCCACCGGGUGUCUCGUGGACUUGAACGGCGCGUGUCCCAGAGACCUAAAGCUGGUGGCACGUGGGAAAGGGAACGGUGUGGCUUGCCGUAGCGCGUGCGAGGCAUUCGGGGACCCAAGGUAUUGCUGCAGCGAUGCGUACGCAACGCCGGACACGUGUCAGCCUUCGGUUUACUCGCUCUUCUUUAAGCAUGCGUGCCCGCGAGCCUACAGCUACGCCUAUGACGACAAGACCAGCACUUACACUUGCGCCACCGGAGCCGAUUAUUUCAUCAUUUUCUGUCCGCCGCCGUAUACAAGCGAGAAGCUUUUAGGAUCGAGGAAAGAUGGGGCAACGCUGCCGCUAGUAAACAAGAGCAUGAUUCAUUUGCCGCAUCCGCGCAGCAGCUGAGCCACCUCCUUAUAUGUCUCAAGUCCUUCUUAAAUCAGGCAGAUAGGAAAUUCAUGUGUAGAAAAUAUGUCACUACGGUGGUGAUACCAAGGUAGAAAAUUGUAAAUUUCGUCUUGUUUUACCAAAAAUUAUUGUAUCUGUAACCUGCUCUUUCUAUGUCAAUCAUAAGGUAGAAAGAAAUCCAUCUUGUUUAC